CGCGCCAAAGAUCCAUCCCCAGCGUCCUGAGCCUCGCGUCCGCCCACCACGUAUCUGGACAAUCUGAGCCACGCGGUAUCGUUGUCGCGUCACACUGAUCAAAAUGUACGGCAUGAAUCAGGCGUACAAUGCUGGCGGCGGCGACCCCAGCGCGCAGGUGCCGAAUCACCUUCUCGCCCACGUCCAUCUAGUGUCUUCGUACAGGUUCCCUGUCCUGCCGCAGCUACGACCGGAGCAGGCGGUCGAGUAUCUCAUGAAAGGACCGCAGAUCGUGCGCGAUACAUCACCCGUCGCCUGGACAUACUUCGCAUCACCACCGCAAGAUGGCACCGUCAUUCUCACAUGGCAACCGCCGAGGAUGGCAACGCACUUUGCCUCUGAUGGCAUGGUUUGGGCAGAUCCGGAGCAGGCCUUCGACAUGCCCGUCCGCGGCUACACGCUUCAAGUGUUUGUCCAUAACACGGGCUACCACUAUCCCCACGAGCCGUUUGCCAUGCAUUCUCGAUAUCGCUACAGGCUCACCGCAGGGCCAGGCUCCAUUGACCCGAAUCUGUGGCUGGUGCACUACAAGCCUGCAGACCAGCAACACCGACUGGCUGCAGGACAGAUUCCCGUAUCACGAGAAGUCCAGGCUACGCUGCAAAUGCGUGCGCAGCUUCAGGCCGCCGGGCCUCUCAUGCGCAAGGAGUUCAUGCUGCACGACGCGUCCAAUUGGCCGAAAGUCGAGUUUGGACAGCAAGCAGCGAUGCGACAGCAACAGCAGCCGUACUAUAACCCCAUGCAGCCGGGACGACCUUAUGUAGCGCAACCCCCUCCGGCAAAGCGCAUGCGCGGCGCCGCUCCCGCGCAAGCCCGCCCUACAAUCGCCGGAGCAGCUCUUCCGGACACGUCGCUAGAAGACGAGGAAAAUGCUACACAAGACGCCUUUGAUUUCCUAACACCCCGCGAGAUCAGCUUGUCGAGAUACAAGCAGCAUCACGAGUGGAUGGAGGAGGUCUUUUCGUCGCCUUACGCCAUGGGCAGUAUUGCGCCCAUUGAUCUAGGCUUGGGCCUUAUGGGCGAGCUUGCUCCCCUGACAGCUGGCAUUUUGGAUGUUGCGGGCGCCGAGAACCCGGACACUGCCAAGGACAAAUACAAAAUCAAAGACUAUUACAGGAUGAAUCCCGAGCACAUGAAAGACUUCGAAAAGCGUGUGGCCGAAUACACGAAGAGCGAACAGGCCGAGAUCGACAAAAUGAAGGCUGACCACACGCGCAAAAUGGCACAAUUGAAGCGCACAAGAACUUACAUCAAGGCCGAGCGCAGGCUGCGGGACCUCUCGCGCCCAGCAUUGAAUGAGGAGGAAGACUCGGACCCUUCGGAAAGCGUUGUGCAAGACCUCGAGAAGUCUUUGGGAGUCACGUUCAACGCGAAGAAAUCGGUGGUAUGCGUGGACAAGGGGGCUUUCGUUGAGAGGCAGCCAUCUCCGCCGCAGAAAGCGCAAGUCAACGGCAAUGGAGCACAUUUGAAUUCCAAUGGCGCCUCGAACGGGUCCACCAACGAUGGUGCAUCUGAUUUCGACAACACAGCAGCGUCCCUCCUUGACCAGUACGGAACUGGGUCUUUAGAGGGCACACCCGGCAACAUCUCGAUGCCUCACAUGUCGCAACCUCCCAGUCAGUCGCAAUCGGCGGUCGGUACGCCUAGUCUACUGACUGGAAACACUGUCCAGCAGCAGUCAUUCGAUCAACAGAUCCCGCAACUUGAUACAGAGACCGGUGAUGAUCUUCUCGAUCUUGACGUUGAAAUGUCUGGUAUGACAAAUGCGGACGAGAAGGCAGCGGACGACUGGGUCGUAGUGGACCAGCAAGGGGGCAAUACACAACAAUCGCUUGGCAACCCUCAGCCAGCAACCCACAAUAACGACACAACAUCGAACGACCAGAACACACUAGGCCAGUCUACCGUCGAUAACGACACAGGCAGCAUGUUCGACAGUGUUCCCGACUUCACAAACUUUGAAGGUAUUGAUUCUGCUGGUGACGCUUUAGCGGAUUUCGGGCAUGACGAUAACAUGGGUCUUGGUGACCUUGUGGACGACUCGGCGUUCGGUGACGCCUUCCAUGAAGAGAUGGGGGGUGACGAGGACAACGCCUGAGUCUUGUUAGUGUCAUCGAAGCGAGGUGUGCUAUGUGAUCCGAAUGAUCGGUUGCUUUGGUUUUGCGUAAAUUGGCGAUCUGAGAAACGGAGUAUCACUAUGGGAGUACGAUGGCUCUGUUGAGCCUUCGGUGUCCUUUGAAGUUUGUAUAAGUACAAGGAUCACAACUGUGAGGUUCUAGAUAAGCGCAGU